UGCAUCCAUUCACAUACACCAUAUGUAGAAAUUUGGAACUCAUUAACGCAUAUAGAGUCGAAGGGACAACAGAACACCAUGCUUUUCCCACCUUUGACCCUUUACAUCGCCAUUAUUUCAAACACUGUAUCACCCGGCAAAACGAAACAAAAGCAGCGGCAGAGGAGAAGUCCUCACUCUCUCUCUCUCUCUCGCGCUACAACACCCAGAAAGGCUUAUGAAUGAUGGUCGCGGGAAAGGUGAAGGCCGCCAUGGGGUUCCGUCGCAGCCCCGCCACGCCUAAGAUGGCGACGCCCCGCCGCUCCCCCUCCUCCUCCCCGGUCUCCCAAAAGUCGUCGCCGGCGGCGGAGGGGGGUCAUCAGACGACGACCGCCGCGUUCGCUCGAUCCUUCGGCGUUUACUUCCCCCGCGCCUCCGGCCAGGUCCAGCCCCGCCCGCCCUACGUCGCUGAGCUGCUUCGCCUGGUGGAGGAGCUCCAGGAGGAGGAGUCCCGUCUCCGCACCCAGCUCCUGGAGCAGAAGCUCCUCAGGGAGACCGUCGCCAUCGUGCCCUUCCUCGAGAAGGAGAUCGCCGACAAGCGCGAGGAGCUGGUGCGGGCCGGUGACCGUAUCGAGCGCCUGGAGGGGGAGAACCGGGCCCUGAAGGACGAAGUCGAGGGCUUGAGCUCUGAGAUACGGAGCGGCGAAGAGGAGAACCAGCGGAGGGAGAGGAGGAUCAAUGAUCUCGAAAAAGAGUUGGACGAGCUGAAGAAGGCGGCUUCGGAGCAGGGCAAUGGGCGGCUAUGCGCCGGGACAGGGGAGAUGGACGAGUGCUCGUCGUCGCAGAGGUUCCAAGGCCUCAUUGACGCUUCCGCGAGAUCGAAUCUCCUCAAAAGCCUGCGCAAACCACCCAAAUCCGCCAACAUUGUUCCCAAUCAAGAGGUCCAAAGGCCAGAAUGCAGAAAUCCGAAGGCGGAUGGAGGGGUAAUCGAGGGGGUGCAUCAACAGCCUCACGGCGGCGACAAGGAAGAGGUCUUGAGACCCCGAGCAUCCAGGGUUCCAAAACCCCCGCCCACGCCUUCGAUGUCCUGUAACCCCUCGAACUCAUCUUCUUCGUCGUCUUCUUCCCAUACCACGUCCCGCGUCGCAACAAGCAAAGGCCCCAGCUUGGCGUGCCUCCCGCCGAUCCCGCCGCCAGCCCCACCGGUAAAAUCCACACCGCAAGGCGGAGCGCGGCCUCCUCCUCCGCCUCCACCUCCCCCGCCGCCAACGCUGGGGUCCAGGUCGGCGGCAGCAAGCGUGAGGCGGGUGCCGGAGGUGGUGGAAUUCUACCACUCCCUUAUGCGGCGGGACUCCAGGAGGGAGUCCUGCGGCGGAGUGCAGGAGGCGCCUCCCGCCGCCGCAUCCGUCUCCAACGCGCGCGACAUGAUCGGCGAGAUCGAGAACCGCUCCGCGCACCUCCUCGCCAUAAAGACGGACGUGGAGACGCAGGGCGACCUCAUUAGAUUCUUAAUCAAGGAAGUGGAGCACGCGGCGUUCGCCAACGUCGAAGACGUGGUCACCUUCGUCAAAUGGCUCGACGACGAGCUCUCCUUCCUGGUGGACGAGAGAGCGGUGCUGAAGCACUUCGAGUGGCCGGAGCACAAGGCGGACGCCAUGCGCGAGGCGGCCUUCGGCUACUGCGACCUCAAGAAGUUGGAGUCGGAGGCGUCGUCGUUCCGCGACGACCCUCGCCAGCCCUGCUCUUCCUCUCUCAAGAAGAUGCAGUCGCUCUUGGACAAAUUGGAGCGAGGUGUAUACAACCUUUCACGUGCAAGGGAAGCUGCCACGAAGAGGAACAAGGGGUUUGGUAUUCCUUGGGAAUGGAUGCUGGAGAGCGGAUACGUUAACCAGAUCAAGGUAGCAACAGGGAAACUGGCAAUGAAGUACAUGAAAAGAGUCUCUUCUGAGCUGGAGAUCAUAGCAGGCAACCCUGAAGAAGAGGAACUCAUGCUUCAGGGUGUUAGAUUUGCCUUCAGAGUACACCAGUUUGCAGGAGGUUUUGAUGCGGAAACAAUGCGAGCUUUCCAGGAGCUCAAGAACAAAGCUCGCACCCUCCACCUACAACUCCAAAAUCACAACCGGCAGAAGCUUUAUUGCAAGUCCACAUCCGGCUGCUAGGCAAUGCACAACCAUGCAUGCGUCUACGCCUGCAAAGGUAGCACAAACCCAUUUGAUCCAUAUGACUUCAUCAAUCUAUUCACGUUACCUGAUACAGCACAGAAGCGUAGGCUAUUUGUUGCAAACUAGCUGCUACCUAAUGCAUUCAUUCAUUCACUCUCUGAUGUGAGCUCUUUGCGUGCCUAGUUUCUUCCUCUUCCCUACGCGUUCAUUGCCUGCCAUGGAUGGUUUCUUCUCUUUAUCCUUCUGUGUCCCCUCUCCAGGUUUUUACCAGUAGCCAAAUUUGAGGCUUAAAUGUUGAAUUCAAAACAGUUCAUCGUCUUCUUGUUCCGAGUACUAACAAACUGUUCAUAGGUGUUUUAGAUCGGAAAUGCAGAUCAAUAUCACCAAGCUCAAGACGAUGAAUGAUGUAGUAA